GGGGAGAGAGAGGAUGUCCACAGCUCGGCACUCAGCUCCUCCCCCUCCCCUGUCUCCACAGGACCUAAUCCACCACGGGGAGGUUGCAUGUUUGCACGGGGAAAACAGAGCGGGGGAGGGGAGAGAGGAGAGAACUUCCGGUGUUAGGGGAGAUUUUCAAACCCAUGUAACCUCACACCGACCGGGACUACAGCUCUGAUGUCCACUCAUGGCGGCUCAGGCAAUGUUAAGGACAGCUAUGUGCAAGUGGUGUAUCUCGCCGCCUUACAAUCCAGACAGGCAUCACGGCGGGCAGCUAUGUGUAAGCGGUGUGUGUAGAGCAGAGCCGGGUGCAACCAAUGGGCAGCCCCCCUGGGGUCCUCGGAAAGCUCCUGCAGUUCCGCGUUGUCAGAUCCGCGGCUCGCUCGCACCACGUCACGGGCAGCAGCAGCAGCAGGAGGAGGAGGUCUCGGUUGGCUCCCGGGACCCCGGCAUGUCCGCUCCACUAGACUCGGACGACGCCUAUGAUUUCCUGUUUAAGAUCGUUCUGAUCGGAGAUGCCGGGGUGGGGAAGACGUGCGUGGUGCAGCGCUUCAAGAGCGGGGUGUUCGUGGAGCGGCAGGGGAACACCAUCGGGGUGGACUUCACUAUGAAGACCCUGGACAUCCAAGGAAAACGGGUGAAGCUGCAGAUCUGGGACACUGCUGGACAGGAACGCUUUCGGACCAUAACGCAGAGUUAUUACAGAAGCGCCAACGGCGCCAUCAUCGCUUACGACAUCACCAAGAGGAAGUCGUUUGAAUCCGUUCCUCGCUGGAUAGAGGAUGUCAGGAAGUACGCCGGCUCCAACAUUGUGCAGCUGCUUAUUGGAAACAAGUCAGACAUGCAGGACUUUCGAGAAGUCCAGUUGGCAGAAGCUGAAACCAUGGCCAAACAUUAUGACAUCAUCGACGCUUUUGAAACCUCUGCCAAGGAUUCCAGUAACGUGGAAGAAGCUUUUGUGAAGAUGGCCAGUGAGCUGAUGAUGAGGCACGGGGGCCCGGUCUUCAGUGAAGGCUCCACAGACAGCAUAAAACUUGACAGCAAAGACAUGGCUGGAGACUCCUGGAGCUGUGCUUGUUGAUGACUGUUUUAUUUCUAAUAUCUAUUAGGUAGUUAAUUCAUUGAAAUUGCCUGCGAUUAGUAUGACCGUAGAUUCCAUUGGCAGCUUGUGGGGGCAUCAGUUGGGCUACACCUCCUGUUGCAUUAUGGAGGCACUAGUUCACCAUCAGAUCGGCACCACUGGCUGCAUAACUCUGCCAUAAAUUUGUCUCCAAUUUUUUUUUUCUCAACUUUUUUUAUUUUUAUUUUUUAUUUUUUCUCUCUCUGAGCAGUUUGCUACCCGAAACUUUUUAAAUUAUGCAGAUGACAAUGAAGGGGAGCAACAUUGGAAGAAGUUGUGGAACUGGUUUCCACAUAAGUGAAUUGUGUAGAUUCUGUUGGUCCAAAGACCUGUGCACUGUAACUUUUUUGUAUAUUAACCGCACCAAAUGCCUUGUAGUCUAUGGGCUGCUGUGAGACGUUCAGAACCCUAGAUGAUUCUCGAAUAUGAUUCCAUGUUUUUAAUACGAUUAAGUAUUCCUACAACUUGGCAGAUGGCCACAAAUUCUACAUGUAGGACCACCUGCACUUUUUGCAUGUUUUUCUAAAAUUUUUAAAACUUGAAGAUAAAAAAAAAUCUAUUUGAUAUCUUGAUACGUUUUAUUCUUUCUUGCCAGACAGACAACUGGCUCAUCACUUUGUCAUUCCCGAAUUUUUAUAACUCUUUGGUUGGUUGACCCACAGAACAUUUCAAGACUGGGAACAAUGUGCAAUGUUUCAAUCGUUUAGAAAUACAUUUUAACAUUUCAGAAGAUUUUUUUUACUACUUAUUUCUUAGGAAAGUUUGUCCUUCUUCUUUUCUUAAAUAUUAGAUAAAAAUAUAUUUAUCACCAGCAAAUGAAUUUAAAAUAAAAAU